ACAAAAGAGUAUCCCUCGUACUCUGCGACGAGCCACAACCUUCACUAGCUCCGUGAAAAACCUCUCUAGGCGAUCCUCUAGAAUUAGUACACCGUCUAGAGCUAGUAACCGUAGCAGCUCUGCCACAGAACCCACUGAGAUGACUGACGUUGGUACAUCUGUUGACGUUGUUGCCCCAAGUCCAGUGGAAAGCGAUAUUGACAAGGAUAAGCUCCCUGAUGUGUCGUCAUGGAAACUGAUGAAAAAUCUGUCGUGGAGGAUUUGGCUGGUGGUGUUCAUUGGGAUCAUGUCCUCCAUUUUGAAUGGCCUAGUCUUUCCCUCCUUUGCUGUUGUGUUUGGAGAAGUGCUGGGAGUGUUCUCUCUGCCGGCUUCUCAAGUUUUGGACGAAAUUCACCCGUGGGGAGCAACGUUUCUCGCUCUGGGCAUUGUACUCGCCGUCUCUACAUUUGUCAAGAACCUAUGCUUUAGUAUAUCGGGUGAGAAUUUGACUCGAGUUGUUCGCUCCAAGCUUUUCAAGGCCAUUCUUCGUCAGGAAGUUGGCUGGUUCGAUGAUGAAAGUAACUCAACGGCCGCACUCUCUACAAAGCUUUCCUCCAAUGCUGGAGAUGUCAGUGGGGCUGCCGGUGUGCGGCUGGGUACUGUGAUAGAGAUGUCUGUGACACUGUUGGCCUCCAUGGCUGUUGCGUUUGGUUACUCCUGGAUUACUGCCUUUGUUGUUGUGGGACUCAUUCCUAUCCUGGCUGUGGGCAGUGUACUGUACUUUUCUUUGGCUGCUGGGCGUAAGAAGUCCUCCAACAAGGGCCUCAAGGAAGCAUCAGAGAUUGCUCUGGAGAGUGUGAAGAACAUCCGUGUGGUGGCUGCUUUUGGUCUUGAAGAAUCGUUUUAUCAAACUUUUGAGAAAGAAGUUCUGGGAACCUACAAAUUGUCGGUCUGCCUUAGUGUGCUCUUUGGUGUUGCCUAUGCUCUCACCCAAUCUCUCGUUUUCUUUGCUUACAUUGUCACGUUUCGUUUUGGUGCUUACAUCGUCAUGUUACCUACUGACGACAUUCUCUACACUGGUUACGAAAACGUUUUCCGUGUAUUUUCUGCCAUUGUGUUUGGCUCAAUUGCUAUUGGAGCAACUGGUUCUUUCGCUCCAGAUUACACCAAAGCCAAGGAAUCAGCAAAAAUUGUGUACGCCAUUUUGGAUAGGAAUCCUGAAAUCGACAAUUACUCCCAAGAUGGAUUAAAGCUCGAAGAUGUGAAAGGAGAUCUCCAAUUUGAGAAUGUUUUCUUUGCCUACCCUCAGAGGCUCCAAGUGAACGUACUGUCAAGUUUCAGCCUCAAGGUGAAGCAAGGUCAAACUCUCGCUCUGGUGGGGGCAAGUGGAGGAGGCAAGAGUACAGUCAUGCAACUCAUCGAGAGGUUCUAUGACCCGCACGCUGGAUGUGCUUCUCUGGAUGGCACAAAUAUCUUGGACAUUAAUCUCUCCUGGCUCCGCUCUCAGAUUGGGAUAGUGUCUCAAGAGCCGGUGUUGUUUGACGGAACGGUUGCUGAGAAUAUCCGAUACGGGGCCCUGUUCAGAGAGGUGUCUGAUGAGGAGGUGAUUGCUGCAGCCAAAUCUGCCAACAUACACAGCUUCAUUGAAACACUGCCAAUGGGUUACAACACCAGUGUUGGUGGCGAGAGCAACCAGUUGAGUGGUGGACAGAAGCAACGUGUAGCCAUUGCUCGAGCUCUCCUCCGAGAUCCGAAAAUCCUCCUUCUGGAUGAGGCCACCUCUGCCCUGGACUCUGAGAGUGAGAGGGUGGUACAAGAAGCUCUCGACAAAGCCAGGGAGGGCAGGACCUGCAUAGUCAUUGCUCACCGUCUCUCAACCAUAUAUAACUCCGACUGCAUUGCUGUACUGAAGAGAGGCAAAGUGGCGGAGUUGGGGACUCAUCGGGAGUUGAUGGAAAAGAGGGGGCUCUAUUAUAGGCUGAAUGGAGCGAAGGCUACAAGCCAGCCAGAGCAGGAGACAAAUAACACCGAGAGUGGCAUUUCAAUUUUACAAAUAUAAUGUGACAUUUUAGAUAUAGCAAUUUUUAGACAUGAGUUUACAGUACAUUCAAACACAUUCAAUAGCUUCAUAAGCUAGCGUAUAAAUUUUGAAUUUUACCUUAUACGUACGUACACGGCAGUGGUUCUAGAUCUCCAAAUGCCACUAAUGAUUAUGAUGACAAUUAUAAUUUUCAAA